UUCGUUUACCUCGGUUGACUUAACUAGCUUAUUUUUUGUGUUUAGUUUUCUGUUAUUUUGAAUAGAUUUUAGGCUAGCUUUAUUCUUUUAAGCUUGCAGCUUGUUGCAGGCCUAAGUGGCAGUUUGAGCUUGUACAAACUUGAAAGCGCUUUUGAUUAAUAUUUUUUCUUAUUUACCAAAAAAUAUUAUGGUUAUUUAUUUUCCUAUUUCAAUUAUGGUUAUUUAUUUUCCUAUUUCAUUUUAAUACUUGAAUUGUACUGUGACUCACCAUAAACCAAUUCUUUGUUAGGAAUUAUUAAUUUUUAUGGCUUCCGGAGAAGAUCAUCCUCCUUCUCAGGGGGAUACACAGGAGAAGACGAAGAAAAGCGCAAGUCACAAAAGGAGAGGGCCUACAACGGCGAAGUAUAUCAUGGAAGAUGAUGAUGGACCAUAUGCUCUUCAGUGGAGUGACGAUGGUUCUGCUAUUGGAGAAUUCAUGAAUAGGUACAUAGCCUAUACUGGGUCAAUUACUCGUUCAAAGGUCAAGAUUCACAUUACACACUGGAGCAUGGUUGAUGAGGAAAUAAAGGAAAGAUUAUGGGUUUGUAUCAAGAAAUUAUUCUUGUGUGAUGACAACAAGAAAGAAUUUGUGCUGAGGAAUUGCAAUAAAAGGUGGAAGGAUUUCAAGACCAGAUUGACGAGCGCGUAUUUCAAUAAAUGCACAAAAAAUGAAGUGGACAACCCACCAUGGAAGGAAUAUGCAGGCAUUGAUGAGGAAGAUUGGAAAGUCUUUAAAGAGCAACGUGAAUCAGAUGAAUUCAAGGUUACCAGUGAAAGAAAUCGAGCUAAACAAGCCAAUAAUUUGUAUCCCCAUCACUUGGGUCGCGGUGGAUAUGGAAAACUAGAAGAACGGUUUGUCCAAGAGCAACUGAAAAAGGCCAUGUUGUCUGGUGCAUCUUCUUCAAAGGGUGUUGAAUCAGGUGAAACACCUGUAGUAACUCCAAGACCUCGUUAUGAAAGGUGGAUGGAUGGAAGAAAGGACAAGAACGGGAAUAUCCCUAAUGAGAAAACGAAAUUGGUUGUAGAGAAGCUCAAUGAGCUAAGGGAAAAGGAAAAAUCAGGGGAGUUUGUUUCUCAUGGAAGCCAUGACAUUUUAACUGAAGCGCUUGGAAAUCCUGAGCAUGGAGGCCAUGUAAGGGGAGUGGGCGGAAAAGCAACGCUUACAUCAGUUUUUAAAAGAAAGAGGCGUUGUAAUCAAACAGAGGGUAUGCUUACAAUUAAACAAGUGGAAGAAAUUACAAAUUUCCUCACUGAACAAGUAAGGGAGCAGACAAGGGCUGAAAUGAGAGUUGUUACCCUUGAUGUCUUGAAAUCUUGUGGUAUACAAGUACCUAAAGAUUUGGAGGUUAAUAUGGUUGAUGUUCCCACUCGUAGUAGUUGUCAGUCUGUUGAUCCCGAUCCUUUCGCGAAUGGCUCUAAGGUUCUUAUCUCCCUACCAUCAUUUGCUUUUCGUACUGUUUUUGCAAGAAAGUAAGAGUAUUGCAAGCAACUAGGUUAUUUGUGUCAACCUUGUUCAUGUAUUUUUUUUACUUUACAGGAGCCAAUUCCUUGUGAUAUAUUAGUACUUGAAGAAAGCUCUGGAAAUCGAGUUGUGGCAACAGGUACAUUGUUGAAAAGCGUACCAGGGGAGCUUGUUCAUGGCGUUCCAUUACUUGAAGAUCAUGUCAAGGUGAAAAUCCUACAUGUUGUUGAAGGUGAAGAGAAUACACCUCUACCCUUGCCUUUUUUUGGGCACGAGUCCCUUGGUGAGAUAAAAGGAAGUUGGGCUCAGUGGCCUCGUUCACAAGUCAGAUUAUCCAUUGAGAACUUGAUCGAUCAACCACCACCACCAAAGAAGAUUAGAAAUAAUCUAAUGGAGGGUAAGAAACUAGUUGACACCGGUUCAGCUGUUGAAUCUCGUUUUAAUGAUAAUGAAGAAGAACUCACCCCCUUCCUUAUUGGCAAGGACAUGUUUUUGGCAUUGCCAAAUAGCUGCAAGCAAUUAUACAACUUGUAUAAGAAUCGAGAUGUUGAUUUCAGCGUUGAUGUUGAUUUCGAAGAGGAUAUCUUAUACUAUCCUGAUAAAGUUUCUUUUACUGCUUACGUGUUUGGUGAUGAUCUUAAGAAAUUACUGAACAUGGAAUACAUACGUACAUCUUGUGUGGAUAUCUGGAUAAGGUUUUUGCAAAACGAGAUCACGAAAAACAAGCUCCAAGAAGAAGUUGGAUUUUUUUGUCCGCAUAAGCUAGGGCUGGUUAAACUUCGUCCCAGUAUCCACACAAAAUAUGUGAAUCAUUCAAUUACCAAGCAAAGUACGAAGAACUAUAUACUU